AUGUCGUCGAGCAAGAACACCGUUGGCUUGUUUGGUGACGCCAAGAUUUUUUAUAUUAAAAAUUUAGAUGAUGAAGGAUCUUCCAACAAAGUCAGCAAGAAGAGGAAACUGAGGAGGCUAGUGAAAGCAUCCGAAGCUGGCACCAAGUCAAAGAAGAAGAAGAAGCAGACUCCAGCAGUCGAGAAGGAAGGGCCAACCGAGGAAGCUAACCCAAUCGAGGAGGAUAAAUCCGUCGAGGAAAACAGGCACAUCAAGGAGGGUGCUCCCAUCGAGGGGGAUAAGACUAUCAGGAGCAGCGUCCCCCCGGAGAAAAGCGGGAACCCAGAAACGGGGCGAGACCCCAGUUGGUUCGCAACGGUUCCGCCUUCGCUGUCUCAAAGGAGAGAUGCUGCUGAGAACCCAGACGCUUCUCCCGGGUCAUCAUCAUACACCGCAGCCGCUGCAAUAUUUCACUUUGGGGAUGACAGAAUUGAAUGCCCCAUAAUAGAAGAAGUGGCUGAAACAAUGACGGAUGAAGAAGCCUUAAAGAUACUAACCACCUCUUUCGCGAGCAUUCUCAUGCGCAAAAAGAAGCUGAGGGAGGAGAUCUCCAGUCUGGAGCUCGAGAAAGGGUUCCUCGAGCGUGAGAAGGCUAUUUAUGACGAAGCAAGUGAUAAUGCAAGGAACAAGGAGCAGCUAAUUCGAGCUGCUAAGGAGGAAGAGCUGGCCACCGCCCAGGCUAUGUAUAGGGAUCUCGAGGCCAAGUUGAAAGAAUAUGGGGAGACCCAUAUACCCAAGGCGGAAUUGCAGGAAUGGAUGACUGCCUUUUGGGCCAGGAUGAUGCCUACUGGAGGAAUGGCUAACGUCAUGGUGGGCAUCAGUGAGGCAGCUAUUGCGUUGGGUGGCCAUGGCAUGGCCGUUGCUGCUCUGGAGAGAAUGGAAUCGGGAAAGCCCGUCAAUGCCGGCUGGCUGCAACAAUUCGUGAAGCCUCACCCUCGAAAGACCCUUCGCGAAGCAAUGCAGAAUGGAUUGUUGUUGCCGCCUGCUGAACCUGGGGAAGAGAUGCGGGUACUAGAGCUUGACCGAGAUUUUAUCGGUGUCGAGCUGGUUUCUGAUGAAGACUCUUCAGAGAGGGUCGAGGAAGAGGAAGAGGAGGACCAGGAGCCUGAAGUCGAGAAGGACCCAACAGGCGAGAAUGAGGUGCCCUCGACACAGAAUCCUGUAGAGGAAACUAGCGAGAGCCAACCAAAUGUCCCGCCCAACCCAAAUACAGAGCCAUAUUACGUCCACAAUGUGCACCUGAUGAUUCUUGAUGAAGAUGAGAUCAAACAUUUUCCUAUGUAUGCCAUGAUUUCAUCGGCAUUAAGAAAAUUCGGGAACGUCCACAACACUACCAUAGUAAGAGCGCUUGAGAAAGAGAUUGUGGAUGCUGUUCAAGCUUAUAACGGCUCCUUGAUUCUAGAAGCGAAUAUCAGCGACGAGAUGAAAAUGCUGAAGGACAAAAAUGCUCGACUGAGGAAGCGAGAGAAGAUCAUGAAGAGGACCAAAGAAGCAGAGUUCUACUCGAAACAGGUUUUCGUUCUACAAAACCUAUUGGUUGAUAAUGAAAUCGCUCUGCCCAUUUUUGACGAUCUCGAUCCAAAUGAAGAAGUGAAAGAAAGGACAGCUGCUGAGGAAUACUUGCUUAGAAUAGACGAACAAGAUUGGGAGAUUGUAGACUUGAAGGAUAAGCUAGGCCAUUGUAUUAACCAGCUUAGAGCCAUCGGGUUCUCUAGGGUUAUUAAGCCUUCCCGAGUCAACCCUAGGGGAAAAAAUCUUAAGAUUUAA